AAACAAAAGUGAAAAUAUGAAAUAAGCUGGAGGGCACGAUUCUACUGUUAACACUGACUCGAACGUAAUUUUCUCAGUAACCAAAAGGAUCGCGAUGGAUGAUUAUCCUUAUCCGAUCACUGUAGAGGGAGAUUGGCGGCCUGAACACGCUAAAAGUGUGAAAAAUAAACUUCAGAUUUACUUUCAGAGUAAGAAGAAAUCUCAAGGAGGAGACUGCGUCGUGCAAUAUGAUGACAAGUGCAACUUCGCUACGAUUCUGUUCAAAUCUUCCCAGAGCCGAGAUGGUGUGCUCUCAAAGGCAGCACACAGUAUUACCAUUGACAAUCAACAAAUCGAGUUGAAAGUGUACAAACCCAACACAGGACAAAAGACAGAGCAGGCAUGUGGAAAUCAGGAACCAAGCCAAGAUGGUGCGGUCCCCCAGAAACAGGCAUGCGGAUAUCAGGAACCAAAAGAUCAAAGUGAUGUGGAUGUGAAGAAGCCUCAAGAGUCAAGUGCUGUGGUCCUGGAGAACCUUCCAGAUGAUUUUAAACAAGAUGUUUUAAGUCUUUUGGUGGAGAACAUCAGCAGUCUUCCUGAAAAUGACUAUAGCAUGGAAUUAAUACCAGAAUUAAGAAAAGCAGUUGUGACCUUCAAAAAUCCCAGUGCUGCAGUAAAGUUCCUUGAGGACAGCAGGACACAUGAAAAGUUCAAGAAGAAUAAUCUGAGGGCCCGUGCACUGGAGAGAAGCACAAGUGUGCGAGUGGAGAAUCUUCCAGCUGAGGCCAACAACAACAAGAUGCUGCUGGAACUGUAUUUUGAGAAAUGGGGCGGUCCAGUAGAUGAGGUUAUCAUAAUUCCAUCAGAACAAGCAGCCAUUAUUAUCUUUAAGGAGGAAGAAGCCAAAGAGAGAGUUUUGAAGCGAGAAAAUAACAUCUGUGAUGUUCCAGUGAAGAUAUAUCCCUACUUCAAAUCACUUGAUACAAUCUUAUAUGGUGGCAAAAGACCACAUUUGAAGCUGCCUGAACCCAUUACAGUCAGUGUACAUCCUGCCAUCAGGGAGUUCAUCCUCAAUAAAGGGCAGAUUUCCUCUAUGAAAGACCGGAUGAGCUUCUGCCAAAUAAACAUGGACAAACCUGAAGUUUUGCUCAGUCCUGAUCCAGCAUUACUGAAACAGAAAGGAGUUACUAGACAAUUUAUUGAUGGCUGGAAUAAGAAUGCAACUGAUGCCUUUAAAAAAAUAAUCUCAAACUACACAACAUCUGAGUGGCCGGUGUCACACGCCUUGUGGUCUAAAGUGGAGAGUGAUGUUAAGAAAGAAGUAAAAAAUCAGGUUUUCACAGAUAUGGAUGCGUCUAGAGGAGUGCUGACUCUGGCAGGAAUGACACAUGAAGUAAUCGGAUUGAAACCCAUCAUAAAGAAAAUUUUAGAGAGAGCAACAAAUCAAAUGGAAAGAGAGAAGAACAGUGUGACAGAGUACAUGGAACUUCCUCCUGCUAUGUACACUCUGCUUGAACAAGAUGGCCUGCAAAAUGCUGUUUCUCCACACCUGCACACUGACUACAACAAAAAAAUGAACAAACUAAUUUUAUCAGGUCUUCAUACAGAAACUAUUGACUUCAAAAAUUGGGUCCUUGAGAAGCAAAUAAAUAUGAAACAGAAGCGCUUACAGAUUGACCGUUCAAUCCUGGAGUUUCUGCGAUCAGAGGAUUCUGAUGAAAUGUCCAGAGAGCUCUUCAUAUCUCAUGGAAUAACUGCUGUCUAUACAAUCGAAAAUGGAGAUGUUGUUGUGAUUGGGAGCACAGAAAGAGCACUUGCUGAUGCAGAGAAGAGGGUGAAUACAGUUUUCACAACCAAAUACCUCACUGUAGAAGAUCAGGGUGUCCUUCAAAUGCCAGAGUGUCUGGAUCUCAAAAAACAGCUGGAAAAAAAGAGAUUUGUGUCUAUAAACCUUUCACAGAGAGAAAAAGUAGUAGUGACUGGAUUCAGAGAACCAGUGAUGGAGGUCAGUGAGCGUUUAGGAAGUUUCAUUGAGAAACACACUAGAAUUGAAGAAACUGUUCGUGUCAAAUCACAUGCAGCAGUUGAAUUUAUAAAAGAUAGAAAAUCACAAGACUGGCAGCAUUUUAUUAAGUCUGAUGAAGUGAACGUCCAUUUUGAUCCAAAGAGACCCUGGAUCAAACUGUCUGGAGCGCGUACAUUUGUCCAGCCAGCUUUGACUCUCUUUAAAGGGUUGGCAGAUGCUCUCUACACAGACACACUAAUCAUUAAAAAGGCAGGAGCAAAGAAGUACUUCAUGGAGCAGGGUAAAAUUAUGUUCUCAAUGCUGUUAAAGGAAAAAAGAUUUGUUGUGGUUCUUCAGGAAGAUGACAUGCUGGAAGAGGAGAAAGAUGAAUUUACUGAAGGUAGUUUCGUAGAUAUUGACCAGGUCUCUUGUGAGGUUCGAAUGCCAGGUGGAGUAACUGUUACUGUCAGGAAGGCAAACAUUUGCAAGCUCCAUGUUGAUGCUGUGGUCAAUGCUGCUAAUGAAGAUCUGAAGCACAUCGGUGGUUUAGCUUUAGCACUUCUCCAAGCUGCUGGACCAAGUCUGCAGCAAAACUGUGACCUACACACAAAAGCAAAUGGUCCUCUGAAGCCUGGAGAUGCCAUCAUCACUGCCGCUGGUCGUCUUCCCUGUAAAUAUGUAGUGCACGCUGUUGGACCUCGCUUCAGUGAUUCAGACAGACAUACCACUGUUCAACGCCUGAGACGUGCUGUGAGGGAAAGUCUGAAUCAGGCGACAACCAGAAAUUGCUCCUCCAUUGCAAUUCCAGUUAUUAGCUCAGGGAUAUUUGGUUGUCCUCUCGACCUUUGCACUGAAUCAGUUGCCAAGGAGGUGCAUGAGUACAUUGAAGAUCACAACUACAGAGCCUCUAAUAGCACAUUAACUGAAAUUCAGUUGGUUGACAAUAAUGGCAACACUGUGAAUGCCAUGAGUCAAGCUGUCAGAAAGGAGUUUGCUGCUUAUAACCCCAAAAUGACUUUCCCUCAUCAAACCAAACCCCAUGGGCAUAGUGACUAUGGGCAAGACUAUCGUGAAAAUGGCCGUGGUCGUGGUCAUGGCCAUAGAAACGAUGACCAAAGAAACCAAGAGUUUGAAGAUCCUAAAAGCCAUGGUAAUAGAGACUUUGAAGAACAAGCACACUGGAGAAGAGAAACCUCAAACUACGGUGACAGGUCAGAUAAAUUUGAAGGGUUAAGUGUACUUGAGAGGAAAACUACACAAGAGGGACUAAAAAUCAUUCUGAGCAAAGGGAACAUCCAGGAUGCCAGAUCCGAUGUCAUUGUAAACACGAUAUCGGAGGACUUGGACCUCAGUAAAGGUGCCAUUUCCAAAGCACUCCUUCAGACUGCUGGUUAUCAGCUCCAGUCAGAAAUCAAAAGAGCUGCUCGCUCAAACGGUGUGAAUUAUGGUGAAGUGGUCAUCACAGAUGGUUAUGAAUUGAAAUGUCAGAAAGUCUUCCAUGUAGUUUGCCCAUUUUGGAGACAAGGCUCAGAAGAUAAGGUACUCAUUCAGAUCAUUAGAUAUUGCCUGAAAAAAGCAGAAAAGUGGAGAAUGGCUUCAGUCGUCUUCCCAGCUAUUGGGACUGGGAAUCUUGGCUUUCCUAAAGAUCUGGUGGCCAGAAUCAUGCUGACAGAAGUCCAGGAAUUUAAGCCUACAAACCUUCGAGAGGUAACUGUGGUUGUGCACCCUUCUGACAAGGAGAGUAUAGAGUGCUUUACCAGCGUCUUUAGACGUGGGAUUCAGGGUCCCAUCACAAAAGGAGCACAUCAACAUGUCAUGCCUAAAAUGAAUAUUCCUAGCAAAUCAGCUCAGACCUCUGAGCUUGUUGGCAAAGUCUCCUCUCCCUCUCUCGGGGUGCACACUAUGCAGCUGGGUCAAGUGAUUCUGGAGGUUUCAUCAGGAGACAUAACUAAAGAAAAAACUGAUGCCAUUGUCAACUCCUCAAAUCAUAAAUUUUCUCUGAAAGCAGGAGUAUCCAAGGCCAUUUUAGAUGCUGCUGGAGUACAAGUGGAACAAGAAUGUUCACAGAUUGUGGGAUCAUCAAACAUACAGCAAACAGAGAUUGUUACUUCAGCCGGGCGGCUUCCAUGUGGAAACAUCAUCCAUGUUAUUGGACAUAAUAGUCCAUCUGAAAUUAAGGAUGUUGUUUUGUCUGUUCUGAAGUUAUGUGAGUCACGCCAGAUUACUUCUGUUGCCUUCCCAGCUCUUGGCACUGGUCAGGGGGGUGCAAAUCCAGCUGAUGUUGCGGAUGCAAUGGUUGAUGCAGUUGUUGACUUUGUAAAGAAAAAGAAACCAGUGCAUGUAAAGCUUGUGAAAUUUCUUAUAUUCCAGACGAACAUGGUGGUAGACUUCCACCAAUGCAUGGUCAGAAGAUCUGGUGAGAAAGUAGAAGAGGAUAAAGGUGUGUUUUCCAAAAUUAAAGAUACGUUUCAUCACUUAUUUUGGGGGGAAAGUUCAGAAUCUUCCAAAAAUGAAGAGUUUGUGAUGGUGGGUGAAGAAAUUGAGCCAGUUGUGUUUCAACUGUGUGGAGAGACACCAGAGGACUUGAGUGAAGCCAAGGACAUGAUCAACAGCAUGAUAUUACGGGAGCAUGUGACCAUCCCAAUCCAUGAUCCAGCCAUUGCUCAUUUCACCAAGGAGGAUGUAGAAACACUAAACGCCAUGCAGAGGGAGCUCACAAUCAGUGUCCGGGUUGAGAAGAAAGGCCAAGACUCUGUCAUCACACUGGAGGGCCUGACAAGAGACGUUCAUACUGCAAACAGUCGUAUUCGGGACAUGAUCAGAAAGGUGGAAAGAAAUGAAAAACGAAGGCAUGAGGCUUUUAUAAUUAGCAGUGUGAUUAACUGGCAAUAUCAGGAGAAUGGACGCAGCCUCAAAACCUUUGAUAUUUUGACCAAUUAUGACUUGGAGCAGGCAUAUCGGAACAAACAGCCUUCAGUAAGAAUCAAGAUUAAUAAUGAUGAAUAUGAGGCUGAUUUAGUUCGCAAAGUGGCCACAAGAAGAGGAUUAAGGAUUGAACUGAACAGAGUAGAUCUGCAAGCUGCAGUUGCAGCUGCUGCUCAAAGCCCUUUGCCUUCACACUGGGACGACAUGAAAGGACACGCAGUUGUUCUUGUAAAACUCAAAGAAGACUCAAAGGAAUAUGCAGAAGUUGAGAAGGAGUUCAGGAGAACCAAUCUAAACUCUAAAAUCAUUGAAAUUGAAAGAGUUCAGAACAAUGCACUUUGGAAAAACUACAUGAUAAAAAAGGAGGAACUGGAAGACAAAAACAAGCACAAAAACAAUGAAAAGCGUCUCUUCCAUGGCACUGGCCCUGAUAAGACAGAUCAGAUCAACAAUAACGGCUUCAACCGCAGCUUCGCUGGCAUGCAUGGAGCCAUGUAUGGGAAUGGUUCAUAUUUUGCUGUGGACCCACAUUACUCAGCCAAGGGCUACUCAAAACCUGAUGCCAAAGGACACAAACGCAUGUACCUUGUCAGGGUGCUUGUUGGUGACUUCACUCAAGGAAAACCAGGCCUUCCUGUUCCCCCUGCGAGGAGCUCCAAUAGUGCUGAUCUCUAUAACAGUGUGACUGACAACAUGAGCAACCCAACCAUGUUUGUGAUCUUCAAUGAUGUACAGGCUUAUCCAGAAUACCUAAUCACCUUCCAGUAAUGGUUAUGCGAUUUAAGUGUUUUGCCAUCUAUUGUUUUUGUUGUUGUUUAACAUGGUUUUCGUGAGGCUGAACACACUAUGGGUAUAUAACCUAUGAAAUUUUUGAGAGAAUUACAGAAAUUAUUACAAUUUAGGCUCUCAGAGGCAAUGUAUGAAACAUGCCUGUAAUGACAAAAAAAAAAAAGAAAUGUAAUCUUAAGAAAGUUUUAAUUCAAACCUGUGAGCAUUCAUAGUGUCCCAUUUUAGCUUGAGCUGGUGAAACUCACUAUAGAUUUAAUAUCAUGGUUCCCUUCUAAUCAUUACCUACCCUAAUCAGCAGUUGUUUGUUUUCAUAUAUUGAAGUGCUGCUUACAAGGAAAAGAGUAUGUAUAUGGAGAUUAUGUGCAUGGCUAUUAAAGCAGCCUAGUGAUUAAAAUUAGAUAUACCAUUAAGUAAAAGUUUGUAUCACUUGGGUGGUGUGUAACUGCAAUAAGAAAGUAUUGAGUUCUUGUCUUGGUGGAAAGUUGAUAAUAAAACAAGAAAAAUGUUGGCUGUAUAAAAUCAAUGGAUGGACCAACAUUUUAGCAGCUGGUGCACAUUUUAUUUUGUGAUUUGACUAACUUCAACUGUUCUGGCUUCUAGCAAAUAAAGGUCUUUCAUUGACA